ACCUUGAGUGAAACAUGUGGGUCAGUCUAACAAAUCUCAAUUUAUGUUUUUAGUAGUGGGUAUCUUGUACUGAAUGUGUCACAGUGACCGUUGUUUAAUUCCUCAUUUGUCAAAGGAGUCUAAUUAGUUGGUAAAUUAAACUAAAGGAAUAUUCAUGAGAUGGAGUCAUACUGGAAUAGGAAGACAUUUUGCCUUGUGACCGGUGCGAGUCGGGGAAUUGGUCGCUGCAUUGCACAGGAAUUCGCCAAGAAAGUUGGACCAGGGUCUGUAUUCCUUCUGCUUGCAAGGUCUCUCUCAGGCCUGGAAAGCUGUCGAGAGGAAAUUCUCAGACAUCGGAACAGUGAUAUUUUUGUGUCAGUGGCUGGAGUUGAUUUAGCACAGCCAAAUGGAGCCGAAUAUCAAGUACUUAUCAAAUCUGCCAUGGAACAAGGAGGAAGAACUAUGGCUGAAUUUGACCAUGUCAUGAUCGUUCAAAACGCAGCGAGUCUGGGAAUCAUGUCCGGUCUGCAAGUAGCAGAGAUGGAUGAUUUGAAAGAAAUUCAGACUUACUAUGCCUUCAACUUGGAUUCAUUCAUCAUAUUGAACUCUUCCUUCCUCAAAGUUUUUCCAGAAUCUUCCACCCAGUGCAGAAGUGUGGUCCACAUUAGUUCUGAUGGCGCCUUGGAGCCAUUCAAGACUUGGGGAUUGUAUUGUGCUGCCAAAGCUGCGAGGGACAUGUUGCUGAAGUCGCUGGCCUUGGAGUCGGGGGUUCAUGCCCUUAAUUGGGCCCCUGGUUGUGUCAACACUGACAUUUACGAAGAAGCCGUCAAAUACACUGCGGAUCCCGACUUGGCCAGAUUUUUCGAAGAAAGUAGGAAGGCUGGGAAAGUUUUGUCGUGCGAGCAAACUGUGACAAAGUUAAUGAAGGUGUUGGCCAGCAAACAGUUCAUUAAAGGGGAGCAUGUAGGCUAUCACGAAAUUCCGGAUGUAUCAAACCUGUGGAAUUGAUGUUAUUAAAAAAAUUACUGGGAUUAAAUAAAAUUGGUUGUUUAAUAUCUGCACGCUGAA